UGUUGCUACGGCACAUAUAGUAUCACCCUCGCCCUCGCCGCUGAGAUCUGAUCGGUGCUUCGUGAUCGUAGAUGAGAGAUGCCGUGAGAGGAGAGGAAGCGCACGCGAGAUUCGCGCGUGCAUUCGCCGAGAGAUCGUGCGCGAUCGAAUUUCAUGAGAUCGUCCACCUCACCACUGUAGGGCAUCGCGAGAUGAUGAUGAGGACGCGAUGGGAUGUCGCGCGACCUCGUCAAUCGUCACGGAUCACCGCGUAAACCUAAAUUCCGCUCGUAAAAUUCCUUGUUAGGCUGACACGCGGAUUUUUGACGUGCAUCCUGACACAUCAGAUUUAAUCAGAAUCGUUUUUUUUUCGAGAGAUACAGUUGCAACUUGCGGGUAAUCCUAAUUGCAAUUUAUACGUAGUAUUCAUCUCGUUAUAGAAAUUUUCUGUACAGUUCGAUAUCGGUGACAAAGCUCUUCGAUGAGAUCCACUCUCUCCCGACUCGAUCUUACGAAAAAUAUCGCCGUUUCGUGCAAGGUUUAACGUAAAAAAAAGGUGUACACGCGAUCCUAUAUUAACGCUACAUCCGAUUAGAAUAUGUCGCACAGGCCUUUGAAAAAGCACACGAGGGGAAAAGGUCGCUGCGGCAACCGCACCGCUCCGAUGCCCGAGAGAUGACUAUACUACUGCCGAGAAAACGAUAAGCCUAUUAUGAGCCAGCUUUAAGUGACGCGAGAUUGAUCGCGUAAAAAUAACCAGCGCGCGGCACAAAAAAAAGAAAGAAAAAAAAAAACGUGGCGGGAAUGCGCGCCAAGUACACUUUGCGGUGGCGAUUAUAUCGGUGCGCUCAUCGCACCUUUACAGCGUAAGAUUGGAGAUUGACUUCCGGUCGCGACCGGUAUGCGUCCCCCCCCCGCGUGGCCUCGCUACGCGUCGCCGAUCGGAAAUGCUCGCGGUUAUCAUCAUCGUUGUGUCGAGUGAUGACCAUUGGCGAGCGAGCUGUCCGUAACAAGAUCAGAUGAUGACGGAUUCCCCGACACCAUCGACCAGCAGACAUCACGACGAUAAAUGCGACAAGCCCGAGAAAACCGAUAAGACGGUGUUCCUGCAAAUCCAGGACAUAAACAGCCAGGUAGCGCAAUUUCGGGAUUUACUCAUUAAUAUCGGACAACCGCGAGAUUGUCCGGAACUGCGAGAGAAAAUACGAAGGCUACGUCGUAAUUGCGUGGAGGCUUGCAAGAGCACCUCUCAGCUGGUACUGCCCCAUGUGCAGAGCGCUAUGGACGUCGGAAUACCAGUGGACAGUCCAAAUUUAGUGCUAUUAUUUUACGUCGUACAACUAUUUCUACGCGAACUGCAUAAGAGCAAGAAUCUUAUACGAAUCAUACCCAUGGAUAUGACGGGAUAUUAUGAGAGCCGCGCUGGUCCCUCGUAUAUCGGCAAUGUGGUCUCGCAGAUCCUUCUAUGCAAACAGAUCAGGCCGGAUUUCAACGAGGAGGAACUCUGCAGCAUCCGAAAGGACUCGGAGGAGAUCGGUCAGCUGAUAUCGGAGCUACAAGAAUUCAUGCCUCAAUCCGAAGCUGACACGGAGAAACCUGUGGCUCUUCAUAAUAUUGGGAACAAAAUCAAUCGGAACAACGGAAUACGAAGGAUGCACCGAUGGAGCAGCAACAGAGACCGACAAUCGUCCUAUUUCCGUAGCGGCUUUAGAUUUUUGUGCUGCGCCGCGAGCACUAAUUAUGUUUAACGUAUGAUUCGUUUUUAUUGAUUAAAAGAUCAUAUAUUUUCGAUUAUACGUGAAAAUAAUUACUACGCACCGAUACUUUUGCAAUAAUUCCGAUUGUAUAUCUCGUAAAAAAACGUUAACUUCGGCACUUCGGUUUAUAAACAUAUGAAAAAAAGUUCCAUUCAUAAAGUACGUCAUACGUCAAGUACCUCAUACGUCAAGUAUUCUGUAUAUAAUUACGCAAUUAUUUAUUCCCGACAGAACUCAAAGUUGCGAUUCUCUCUUAUCAAAACUUUGAUACAUCAUUUUACUUUUAUCGAAAUUUUUGCUGCAUGAAACUUUUGAUAUUACGCGCGUUUAUUAAUCGUAACCUUUUAAAAUUUUACGAUCUCUUUCCUUAAUUACUCAUUCGAUAAACUCAUCUCUUUUAGAUUAUAAUUUAUGAAAAAUAGCAAAUAACGAUAAAAUGUCAACAAUAACGCCGGAAAAACAUGUCAAAGCCUAAUCGAGGCCUAAACCUAUCCUAUUUGAGAGAUAUCCCUUGAAAUAAACUUCUAACAUAUAGCUGGUGACAAUCAAAGAGUAGGAGCUCGAGACUCCAAUACCGAAAGUUAUUAAGAAGUCACGCCAUAAUGAACACAAAUAACGGAUGGAUGAGCACGAGGAUAAAGAAAAGAGGGAAUUUCAGCUUCACUUUUUACACUUCUCAGCAAGAAUUCUAGUGGCACUUGAUACUCCUUUCAUUUUUUUUUUUUGAACACCCUUUCCUUCUCAGAAUUCGCUGCCAUACAAAAUUUCCAAGUCACGGAACAAAAGGCGCUCUAGUGCCAGGGGGACGGAGGAGAAGCCCUUUAUUCAAUUCCUAAAAUCCUUUAAUUAAUCGUACCACUAACAUUGUUCCAAAUCUAAUUUGAAUCUCCCCAAAUCAUAUUUCUUAAGUGCUAACGCGCCAAUUCUCCCAAUUUAUCGCAUUUAGAUCUUUUAACGCUUGUGUUAAUUUUAAUCGAAGAUUUCGACUCGAAAUACUCAUACUCGUAAUCAAAGUUAGUUGAUAUUAAUCAAAUCCAAAUCUUUAAAUUCUAUGAGAAGAAUUAUAUGAGAAACCUAGACGCGAAUAUAUUACAUUCAGAUAUAUAUAUAGAAUCGUCAGAAAAAUGUGUCUAUGUCAAGUCAAAGCGGUAGAUGCAUAUUGUGGAACAAUUAUGUCCUAGCAUAUUUACAAGUGAGUGGACCAACCUCGAUCUAUUUAUAAUGCGCGAUGGGCACACACGCAAUGUAGUCUUCUAGUAUGCGUGUUUCGCAUAUAUCAUAGAAUACAGGAUGUCCCAAAAUCACCAAAUGUUCCUCUAGUAGCAAAUUUUUUGGCCAAUUCGAAAAUGAUUUUUUCUUAGCAAAAAUAUCGAGAUAUCAAUAAUUUUCGAAUUAUAAACGAUUAAAAAGAAAGGGCUUUUUACAAGCUAAAUUUUGUAGAAUCAAAAGAUUAACAACAAAAAGAGAUAAACAACAAAAUUAUAUUUUUCAGUCAAUUUUAAUUGGAAUUAAAAAAAUUUUAAAGCUUAGUUAAAAGUAUGAUGGAAAAAGUUGCGAGAAAUAAUGAGCUUCUUCGAUAUUUUCGGUAAGGAAAAAUUGACUCCAAAUUGGUCGGUCUGCUAUUAAGAGAAUAUCUGAACUGCUGUGUGUAGGGCAUCCUACAUAUACAAUAUAGGUACUAGAGAUUAUUUACAAAGCAAUACGUAGAUAUAAACACACACGUAAACACACAUACGUAUACAGAACAUGCGCAGAAUUUGUGUUGUGUAUACAUUCAUACAUUUCCCGCAUAUGAAAUAUAUACAACAGAAUAUAUAUAAUCGUUACAUCGUGAUUUUAACUCUAAACAACAUCGGCAUUAUUUGAUAAAAAUAAAACAUCAUAAAAAAUCCUCCUUAAGAUAUAAUGAUUAUUUUUAUCUGAAAAAAAUUGAUGCAUUUUAAUUUUUAUAUUAUCUUUAUAUUACAAGUCCAGAUAUGGCACCAGAUAAUGCAAACUUGGGAUAUUUUUAUAUAUUCACAUAAAUAAAGCACUACCGUUUUAUUAACAACAAUAUCUAUAUGAUAUUAGAUGUUACUAGCAAGCGGAGAAAAAGAAUUUGAAAACAACACACACACGUACCUAUACAAUUGUAAUUUACGAUCGUACAUAUAAUAACAUAAUACGAAAAAUAUUUGAGAUAUUUUAAAAUAUACAAGUUAUUUUGUUAUAUAUCUUAUCUCUCUCUCUCUCUCUCUCUCUCUCUCUUAUCAAGAGUGUAUUCUUACAAAUCUUUCUUACAAAUAUCGCACAUCUUUGAUUCUUUCUUACGUUAAUGAUUAGGUUCAUAAAAAGUGAUAUGUGAUAUUUUGAGCGUUUUAUAGUAACUCGAUUAAGUUGUCAAUGUAAAUUAGAUUAGAAGACUAUAUAAUAGAGCGACUAUUUUAUAUAAACAUUGCGAAAAAACAGCCGUCGGCUGUAAAUGAUGCACGGAAAUGAUUACAAUGUAUAUCUCAUUCUUCUCCUAAAAUCUAACAAUAAGUAUAAUGCGAGAAAGAUUGUAUGUUCGAUUAAAUUACACAUAUCAAUUAUGAUAUCGAGCGAAUUCACCAAAUCGUUUACCUGACAAUUAUUAAUCUUCGGAUAGCAAAAGACCGAUCGCGUAAAAAGUAUCGAGGUGGAAAAAUUAGCGCAGAUUAUGAACUAUUAUCGAGAUGUAUAUCAGACAGAUAGAUCGAUUGCGAAUCGUUUUUUCGAGAAAAAAAAAAGAUUGUCUUAAAGGCCCUCGAUGUGAAAUUAUUUAUUCUCGCGGACAAUUGUUACAUCUCGAAUUAGCGAUUCGAUUAUUUCUGCGUUCAUUUAAUCCAGAACUGGAAAGUUUCGGGUCGAUUUUCGUAUAGCUGAUACUCACUCUACCUCUCUCAGAGUUUAUUGGAACACUAUCCUAGCGAGAGGAAGCAACGGGUAUCGGUUACAAUUGAAAAUUGAUCUGAAAAUUGCAAUUCUCAGCUCUGAUUUAAUCCUACCACGAUGUGAAAAGGGGACCGAACUAUUCGAAUAUUUUACUCGUCGAAUUUUUGUUGAGGGAACAUUAAAAAGGAACAAAGAUAUUAGCGCUGACACGUCGUAUUUUAGGCAGUAAGAGAGAAAUUGUAAACAUUAGAAACUAAUUCAAACUCAUAAGGUAACGCAAAUGGCAAAAUCAAAUCGUUGAGAUAUAAUGUAAAUGAUGUUGAAAUAAAUUUGAAUCGUUCGAAGCGAACGGUAAUAGUUAAAAUAAUUAGUUAAUUUGCAAUAGUUAUAUAAAACUGCAUGAUAAUUAAAUAGCAAAAAUGAAUCUCGAUGUGUAUGAAAAAAUAGACUGUCUUCCAAUUAAGUUAUUUAAAUAUGAAA